AUGGGCGAGCCUCGGGCACCGCUGGUCCCCGACGCCCCCAACGCCGACCCCCAGCCCGGCCCCGCCGCGUCGCGCGGGGGCACCGCCGUCAUCCUGGACAUCUUCCGCCGAGCGGACAAAAAUGAUGAUGGGAAGUUGUCAUUGGAGGAAUUCCAGCUCUUCUUUGCAGAUGGCGUUCUCAAUGAGAAAGAACUGGAGGAUCUCUUCCACACAAUUGACUCCGACAACACCAACCACGUGGACACCAAGGAGCUGUGUGAUUACUUUGUGGACCACAUGGGGGACUAUGAGGACGUCUUGGCCUCCCUGGAGACCCUAAACCACUCCGUCCUGAAGGCCAUGGGCUACACCAAAAAGGUGUAUGAGGGCGGGAGCAAUGUGGACCAGUUUGUGACCCGCUUCCUCCUGAAGGAGACGGCCAAUCAGAUCCAGUCGCUGCUCAGUUCUGUGGAGAGUGCAGUGGAGGCUAUAGAGGAGCAGACCAGCCAGAUCCGACAGAACCACAGCAAACCCAGCCAUGGCGUCACGGACACCUGGUAUGGAAACGCCACACCCCCAUAUGCCCCCAGCCACAGGCUCGUGGCCACUGAACAAGGGAAGAUGCUUCCGACUGUCACUGCCAACCCAAAGGAGGAGGGCCUGGAAGCCCAGGUGAGCCGGCUGGCAGAGCUGAUCGGGAGGCUGGAGAACAAGACCCUCUGGUUUGACCUGCAGCAGCGACUCUCAGAUGUCGAUGGCACCAACAUGCACCUGCAGCUGGUCCGGGAGGAGAUGGCCGUGUGCCCUGAGCAGCUGAGCGAGUUCCUAGAGUCGUUGCGGCAGUACCUGCGGGACACCGCCGGAGAGAGGAACUGCUUCCACAUCGCCGCCAUGAGGCUGUCCGAUGGCUUCACCUUUGUCGUCUAUGAGUUCUGGGAGACCGAGGAGGAGUGGAAGAGGCAUCUGCAGAGCCCGGCGUGCAAAGCAUUCCGGCACGCCAAGGUGGACACGCUGAGCCAGCCCGAGGCCCUGUCCAGGAUCUCCGUGCCAGCUGUUUGGUGCACGGUGGCCCGAGACUGA